AUGCAAAAUGACUCGUGGACUCAUCUGAAGGAACGUGUCAUCAAACCUAGAGCAGAAGUGAAUUUGUUGGAGGCUUUCCAGGUGGAUACCCAGAUUCCAGGGAUUUAUCGUGAACAGGAGCUAGGUUUCACUGAAUUUCGAUUGACGGAUGCAAUACCGAGAAUUUUAGCUUCCGACAACGUGGUUCAAGAGCUUACCACUCUUCUACAACAGCAUGACGAGUUCAUGAUAAUUGCGAACUUGAAAAUGGCAGCAAAACGUUCUGGCACGGAUACCGUGUUCUCUUUAGAGGACAAAAAUUCGGGCAAGGCGAUUUUAGCCUUUUGGACGGAUUCUGCACGACGUAAACUUGGAAUUAAAGUGUUGUUGACUGUUGGCCGCGAGAGAGGAUUGCCUUUCAAACACUUAAACAUUGAUACGGAGGAAUGGUACAAUAUCAUUGUCCGUAUCUACAGGAAAACAGAUUCAAACGAUACGAUGUCAGCUGUAGAGCUUUUUAUAAAUUGUGAAUUUAUUGGAGUGUGGGACAUAAAUUCACAGUUGUCAGCCAAUGUUCGGAAUCGCUCGCUUCGCUUCCUUCUUGGACAAAGAGCACGAGGCGAGAGGUCAUCUUGGUCAAAAUGGAAGGCGAAAGCUUUCCCUCAAGAAUCAGUUGAACAGCCCUGUCCGAGCAAAGAUAACACAGAUCAGAUAGACAAGUUAUCAGGAAUGGUGCAAGGCUUGGAGGAAGCCCUUGAAGACAUCAAAAAUGACGUAUCAUUACAAUCAUCUGAUUCUCAGACCAUAAGGAGAUAUCUGGAAGAGUGCGGUUACUGUAAUGGUAACAGUCACAAAGGAGCUGCUGGUCCAUCGCUGCUAAACCAGCAACAAAUUGACUUCUGCUCUGAAGAACAUGGUUCCUGUGACAAGAACGCCGACUGCAUUCUGACUGAAGGAGGAAGAGCCUUUGUUUGCCAAUGUAAGAUUGGUUAUGGAGGUAAUGGAAAAUAUUGUGGACUAGACACUGACUUGGAUGGUAUCCCAGAUGCUGAACUAUCGUGCCACGAUCGCUCGUGUGCCAAGCAGUGUAAGAUUGGUUAUGGAGGUAAUGGAAAAUAUUGUGGACUAGACACUGACUUGGAUGGUAUCCCAGAUGCUGAACUAUCGUGCCACGAUCGCUCGUGUGCCAAGGACAACUGCCCUAACAUUCCUAACGCGGGACAAGAGGAUGUCGACGAAGACUUCCAAGGAGACGCCUGUGAUUCUGAUGCAGACAAUGACGGCAUUCUCAAUUCCAAUCCGGACAAUUGUCCGUUCACGCCCAAUUCUGAUCAGAAGGAUAGUGACUGGGACAGAAUAGGAGACGAGUGUGAUAGCUGUCCUCUCACAGAAAACGCAAAUCAGGAAGCCAUUUGUCUUGAUGAUAGAGAUUAUGACGGUGAGUACAUUACUUGGACGUUUUAUUUCGGAAAAUAUGCCAACAUUAGCGCGAGUAGAGAUAGCUGGGCCGACUCUUGUGACCUUUGUUUUGUUUGUAUACCGCUAGGUGUUGGAGAAAAGGACAAUUGUCCUAAUGUAGCCAACCCAGAGCAGAGGGACUCUGAUCAAGACGGGGUGGGAGAUACCUGCGACAACUGCAAGUACAAACACAACCCUAAUCAGCUUGAUGGCGACAACGAUCUGGUGGGUGAUGCAUGUGACAAUAAUUACGACACGGAUACAGAUGGAGUUCAAAAUAACAUAGACAACUGCCCACGGACGCCAAACCCUGACCAGCUGGACACUGAUGGCGAUCAAAUAGGUGAUGUUUGCGACUAUGACGAUGAUAAUGAUAAAGUUCUUGAUGAAAAAGACAACUGUCCACUGAUUUACAACCGUGAUCAGCAAGAUACUGAUGGAGACGGUGUAGGAGACAGCUGUUCAUCAGACUAUGACGGCGAUCACAUCCCAGAUACGGAGGACGCCUGUCCUAAUAACAAUCAGAUCACCCGGACCGACUUCAGAGAGCCCCAGACUGUAUUUUUGGAUCCUUAUGGGGACUCGCAAGUGGACCCAGAGUGGAAAGUCAGCAACGAGGGUGCGGACAUUUGGCAACUCAAGAACAGCGAUCCAGGAUUAGCUAUUGGUCGCAGUCGCUUUUCUGGAGUUGAUUUUUCAGGCACGUUGUAUAUAAACAAUAACGACGAUGAUGACUUCGCGGGUAUUGUGUUCAGUUAUCAGAGUAGUAGCGCAUUCUACGUGAUCACGUGGAAGAAGAAGCGUCAAACAUAUUGGGAGAAAACACCAUUCCCUGCUAUAGCUGAGCCGGGACUGCAACUGAAGGCUGUCAAUUCGAAGAGUGGUCCAAGCCAAACCCUUCGGAACGCUUUGUGGAACUCCAACACUACCCCGGAUGAGGUGAAAGUGCUAUGGUCGGAUCCUACGCAGACUCCCUGGCAGAAUAAGACGGCUUACAGAUGGGAACUGUAUCAUCGGCCGGCAGCGGGGCUUAUUAGGUAUACAGUGCCGGGGGAACUCCCAUAUAAAAAUGAAGGGGGCGCUCUCCGGAAAUUGCUGCAAGUGUUUCGCGGUUCAGAGAUGAUUACUGACUCCGGAAAUGUCGAGGACCACACUCACCUGGGGGGUAGGCUGGGUGUGUUUGGCUUCUCGCAGGCCAAAAUCAUCUGGUCAAACAUUCGGCACAAAUGUACAGGUAAUAACUAGCUUAUUUGUUUGGUUAAUGUGAAUUUUUGGAACAGUGUUCAAUUUUUAAACUAACUAAAGCUAUUUUUGUUUGUUAUUUCAGAGAAAGUUCCUGGGUUCUUCAAUUUUGUUAAAAAGAACUGAACUAGUUGGCAUUGUAUUGGUUGUAAAGGUUAUAACAACCGUAUUCAGUGCAGCAAAAAAAGACCUUUUAAAUGGCCGGGAAAAAAUGCACUUCAUUAUGCAAACAGUGAAAAGCGCGGGAAAAUAUGUAACGAGUACAAAGCGCGGGAAAAUAUGUAGCGGGUUCAAAGCGCGGGAAAAGAUGUGACGAUUUCAAUGCGCGGAAAAAGAUGCAGCGGGUACAAAGCGCGGGAAAAUAUGUAGCGGGUACAAAGCGCGUGAUAUAUGUAGCGGGUGCAAAGCGCGGGAGAAUAUGUAACAGGUACAAAUUGCGAGAAAAUAUGUAACAGGUGCAAAGCAGUGCAAAUAUGUAAUGGUUACAGAGCGCGUAACCCGACUGGCGACUGACUUUGCUUUGCUCCUGACUGGUUUAAAACUCGACAGGUUCUGAUUAAUGAGAGGGGUUUUUCUAUCCAAUGACAAAGCUCAGCAAAAACCAGCGCGGAAAGAUUCAGCAUUUUUAACAGUCAAGCGAGAACCACCUUAGAUUCCACUACCCAAUACGUUUGUAAACUAGUUUUGUUUCGUUAUUGGUGCGUCCCUAAGUUGUCAAGAAUGAUGCACCACGUUUGGUGCCACUCAAUCGGAGUUACAAAAGGACGUUUGACAAAGGGAGCAGUUGUUGCUUUUAUAGUUGGCACAAAGUUGAUAUUAAUUCUAGGUGACUAAAAUAGUUCGUUCAGUUAAUUGUAGUACAUGUAACGUUCUGCUAAAUUCAAUACUGUAAUUCACUUUCGACUUCAAAAAUUCCCUCGAUUUAAUUUUACCAAAACAGCGAUAACACUAAACGAGAGAAUUAUAUCGAAAGGUAGGGAACACUUUAUGCACAGCCACUUAUAAGUUUGCGGUUCUCCUGUGUGAAAAGAAAAGAGAAUUCUAGUAUGUUAUUGUUCCCCGAGCCUCCGGUUUGGCCAAAAGUUUGCCUUGGUGUUAAUGUUUUGAAAUUAAGUGCACGUUUAGGGGGUCGUUCAG